AUGCUCGCCAAACAUCUACUACGCUCAAAUACAAGCCUUUUGGUCAAGCAAUCCUUGUUGAAACCUACAUUGGCUCGUUCCUUUGCCAGUUCACCAGCAUCCCACCACUUUCAAGAGAAAGACGAGCUUCACAAGGGGGAUCAUUACACACCUGUUCCUGGCCGUAGCUUGCUUGAGCUGGAAGGACCCGAAACGGCCAAGUUUCUGCAAGGCCUAAUGACUAACCAUAUGCCAAAGAUCUCGCCUGGUGGUGAUGGGUUUUAUGCUGCAUUUUUAACACCUCCCGGACGUAUGCUGUACGAUACAUUCAUCUAUCCCGUCAAUGUGGGUGUCAAUUUCCCACAUCCCAAGUUCAUCAUUGACUGUCCAAGUGCCACGAAAUCGACAUUUUUACGCCAUUUGAAACGAUACAUUCUACGAGCCAAGGUCAAAGUAAGAGAUUGCUCGGAGGAAUACAAGCUAUGGCACAUUUGGGGACCUGCACUCAACAAGGAGGAUCCUGCUCUCGUCAAGAAGGAAAAGCGAUUUUCAGAUAUUGGUUGUAUGGAUCCUCGCAUCCCUGGUUUUGGAUAUCGAGCCGUCUUGCCAGCAGACCAGGAUGUCCAACAUGUAUUGCCCACAUCGGGCCAGUUUGAAGCAUUAAAUGAAGACGAAUAUACAAUCCGUCGUAUGCUGCAGGGACUGCCUGAGGGACCAGAUGAUCUCUGGCCUGAAGUCUCUUUGCCUUUGGAGUCUAACUUUGAUUAUAUGAAUGGCGUGGAUUUCCGCAAGGGAUGCUAUGUUGGGCAGGAAUUAACUAUUCGCACAUUCCAUACAGGUGUCGUUCGUAAACGCAUUGUACCUAUUCAGCUAUACGACAAGGAUAAAGGGUCGCCAUCUGUUCAAAAAGUGGAUCGCAAUGCUGUUUGGCCAUCUGUGCUUGAACCUCAAAGCGACAUCAAAUUAGUGGAUGGCACCAGCAAGCGAGGUGUGGGCAAAUUCUGCUCUGGUAUUCACAAUAUUGGCUUGGCAUUGAUGAGAUUGGAGCACAUUCAAAACGAUGAAAAAGCGUUUACUUCUGCGAAAGACGAGUCUGUCCGUUUGAGACCCUUCUUGCCUGAAUGGUGGACUGAAGAGCAAUUGUAG